UCUGUUUUCAGAGUAUGGCAUAUAAAGGUUUGUCGGUAUUUCAACGACCUAGAUGUUUGGUAAAUUCGUCGGCAAAUGGAGCACUUCAGGUACAGGAAAAUAUUGUCUGUGAACUUUCAAAGAUAAUGGAUCGUCUUGUUGUGGUAGCAAUAGUAGGUUUAUACAGAACUGGAAAAUCGUUUUUACUGAACCGGCUGGCUGGGUCGCAUUCAGGAUUUCGUGUUGGAAGAACGAUUAAAUCGGAAACAAGAGGAAUCUGGAUAUGGUGCAAGAGUCACCCGACACAACCAAACUCUGUUUUGGUAUUACUGGACACAGAGGGACUUGGGGAUGUUGAUAAGGUUAGAUUUGUCUGUCUGUAAUUAUGUCUGUCUGUAUGUCUGUUCAUUUGUUUUAUUAUUAAUUCAAACCUUUUUAAUCAUAUGUUGACAGUCGAUCAAUUAACGUUAUAUUAGCCAUGUUCCUGCGACAUUCUGUAUAAAGGACAC